UGGUGACAUGGCAAAAGCAGAAGAAAUUGAAGAAUGCCAUUGGCGAAUGCUCAUCUCAUUCAUUCCCUUAUCUUUCCUUCUCCAUAUCCAUUAUAUCAUAUUACUUCUAACUCUCUUCUCUUCACUCUUCAAUUUCAAACAUGUUGUGCGUUAACACCGCCUUCACCUCUUUCGUACCCACAAAUUCAACUUGCGUUCUUUCCUCUAAAUCACGCACCCAAAUUUCCUGCACCCUCCCAGUUGCUGAGCCAAAAUCUACAGCUACUGCUGAACCACUUUUGCUGAAUGCAGUUCGUGGGAUAGAUGUUGAUAGACCCCCGGUUUGGCUCAUGAGGCAAGCAGGGAGGUACAUGAAGAGUUACCAAACCAUCUGUGAGAAAUAUCCUUCAUUCCGUGAAAGGUCUGAAAAUGUUGAUCUUGUGGUGGAAAUUUCUCUGCAACCGUGGCAUGUUUUCAAGCCUGAUGGAGUGAUUUUAUUCUCAGACAUUCUUACCCCACUUUCUGGAAUGAAUAUACCCUUUGAUAUUGUGAAGGGUAAGGGUCCAGUCAUAUUUGAUCCUAUUCACACGGCUGCCCAGGUUGAUGAAGUGAGGGAGUUUAUUCCUGAAGAUUCAGUUCCAUAUGUUGGUGAAGCACUGACAAUUUUGAGGAAAGAGGUGGAUAAUAAAGCUGCAGUUCUUGGUUUUGUUGGGGCACCAUUCACCCUGGCAUCAUAUGUUGUUGAAGGUGGUUCAUCAAAAAACUUCUCAAAAAUAAAGAGAUUGGCUUUCUCUGAAUCCAAGAUCUUGCACUCGUUACUGCAGAAGUUUACAAAGUCAAUGGCAAGAUACAUUCAAUACCAAGCAGACAAUGGAGCCCAAGCUGUUCAGAUCUUUGAUUCAUGGGCUACAGAGCUUAGUCCAGUGGAUUUUGAAGAAUUCAGUUUGCCUUACUUGAAGCAGAUUAUUGAUACUGUGAAGAAAAGCCAUCCAAAACUCCCUUUGAUCCUAUAUGCAAGUGGGUCUGGGGGCUUGCUUGAAAGACUAGCUUUGACAGGGGUGGAUGUAGUUAGCUUGGAUUGGACGGUUGAUAUGGCUGAUGGAAGGAGGCGACUGGGACCAAAUAUAGCUGUACAGGGGAACGUGGAUCCUGGUGUUCUUUUUGGUUCAAAAGAGUUCAUCACUGAUCGGAUAAAUGAUACAGUGAGAAAAGCUGGUAGAGGGAAACAUAUCUUGAAUCUUGGUCAUGGCAUUAAAGUAGGUACGCCUGAGGAGAAUGUUGCACAUUUUUUUGAGGUCGCUAAAUCAAUUAGAUACUAAGCAGAUAAUUGUGAUUAAUUGAUUUUUUUUGUUUAAUUGCACCUUUAUUCUCUUUGCUAUGGUCAAUGUUUGAUUUGAUUCCCUAAUGCAUUUUCUCAGUAACUAAA